AGAGUCUAGCGACAGCAAUGCUACCGUCCUGCAACUGGCAGCAAAUGCCGAUCCUCUCCGAAGUUGGCCGAUCGGGAGCGCCUACCCCCUGGAUGUUUGAUUUCCAAGUAUCUUUAAUAUGACAUAUAUGAUCGUGCCGCCGGCCCCGGAACGAGCGUGAGCGAUGCGGCAGCCGGCCCCGGAACGAGCGUUAGCGGUGCGGCAGUUGCAGGAAGGUAGUUGCUGUCGCUAGACUCUUCUGUGCACGCGACCACGCCGGGUCAGGGAGUUCAGGCUUCAACAAUGGACCGCGAGGGCGGCGGCACGGGACGGAGGCAGCCGGCGGAACCGCCGCCCGACGGCGGCACGCACGCCUGGCUGGUGGCGGCGGCCAGCUUCCUGUGCAACGGCCUCCUGUUCGGCGUCAUCAACACGUACAGCGUGGUGUACGUGCGCCUGCACGAGCGCCUCGUGCUGCAAGGCGUGCCCGACGCCGCGUCCAAAGCCUCGCUGGUGGGGUCGCUGUCCAUCGGCGCCACCUUCUUCCUGUCGUCCGUGGCCGGCGUGCUGUCUGACAGCGUGGGCAUCCGCGCCACCACCUUCCUGGGCGGCGUGCUGGCCGCGGCGGGGCUGUUCAUGUCGUCCUUCUGCACCGAGCAGGUGGAGUGUCUGUACCUGACUUACGGCCUGAUGUUCGGCGCCGGCGCCUCGCUCGCCUACACCCCGUCCCUGGCCAUCCUCGGCCACUACUUCCGCCGCUACCUGGGGCUGGUGAACGGCCUGGUGACGGCGGGCAGCUCCGUCUUCACCGUGCUCAUGACCUUCGCCCUGGACGCGCUGCUGCGCUCCACCAGCCUCGAGGCGACCUUCCGCGCCACGUCGGCCCUCAUGACGCUCAUCCUGCCCUGCGCGCUGCUGUUCAUUCCCCGCCACGGGACAACCCCCGCCGGCGCGCGCGGCUGCUGCGGCCUGCUCAACGUGGCCAUCUGGCGGCGGCCGCGCUACCUCGUGUGGGCGCUCGUGGUGCCCGUGGCGCUCUUCGGCUACUUCGUGCCCUACGUGCACAUGGUGGAAUUCGUUAAGCUGAAGUUCCCGGAGUCGGACGGCAAGUUGCUGGUGAUGUGCAUAGGGGUCACCUCCGGCGUGGGGCGUCUCAUCUUCGGCAAGAUCGCGGACAUCCCCAAGGUCAACAGGAUAUUCCUCCAGCAAAUCUCGUUCGCGCUGAUCGGCGUGCUGACCAUGCUGCUGGCGGCCACGGAGCGCUUCUCGCUGCUGGUCGUGAUCGCGCUGUGCAUGGGCGUGUUCGACGGCUGCUUCGUCAGCCUGCUGGGGCCCAUCGCCUUCGAGCUGUGCGGCGCCCAGGGGGCCGCGCAGGCCAUCGGCUUCCUGCUGGCCUUCUGCUCCGUGCCGCUCACCGCCGGGCCCUUCUUCGCAGGCAUGAUCUUCGACUACACGGGCUCGUACACGGCGCCCUUCCUGCUGGCGGGCGCCCCGCCCCUGCUGGGCUCGCUGGCGCUCUUCGCCGUCCGCUGCGUCGGCGGCGGCGUCGGCGGCGGCGAGAAGACGGACGCCGCCGCCCCGAGGGACGCGCCCAAGGCGAAUGGCGUGUGCAGCGUCCCGGCGUACAAGUGCGGCCAGGGCGCGGGCGGCGCCCAGACGCGCGACCCCAGGCCGGAGGAACAGCGGGCGCUGCUGGGGGCGACGGUGGCGCCUCCCGCGGCGGCGCGCGAACUCACCUGACCGCCGGCGCCCUUCGUCCGGCGUCCACUCUCGACUGUGCGGCGGGUACUUCGACUCGUUGGAAACCGGCCAGAGCCUGCUGGAAACUAUCCCCCUCAAAGGCCCCCCGGCCCACCCGGGAACACACGGUGCAUAGAGCUCCAGGAAAAAAACAACGCGAUUCCGAAACUACCCAAGAUACACGAGUGGGGAUCUGCUUACGAAAAUCAUAUAAAGAGUUCGCUGAUGGCCGAAAAAGUACUUUUGAUUUCAGAUUAAGUUUUUAAACUGUAUUUCUAGAAGAGUUAAAAAAAAAAAAAAAAGGCUAAUAAGCGUGUUUUCAGAGUAAUAUUUAGGCGUAAAACAACCAGUAGGUACAUAAGGGACUUGCAUUACACCUUUAUCUUCAUUUCUCGGCCAUUUAAUGUUACGGUUCACCGCUCAAAAAUUCCACAGUUAUCAUGAGACUGCGCGUCAGUUCAAGAGCCUUGCGCAUAGAGGCGAUACCGCGGUAGAAGCACCAGCGAGCGUCGCGCUUAUAAACUCGCCUCAUUAACACACAUACGCCCCUGACGAGGCAGACCCUCUUAAGAGGCUAGGUCUUCAGAAUCCCAUUUCCACGGCAUCAUCUUUUUUCUAGUUUGCAGGUGUCCUCGAAAGAAUUUCCCAGUUUCAAUUGUAUAUCACAACAGUUUAAUCCAGACUAUUUACAACAAAUCAUCAAUGAAAUUGAAGGUAAACUAACCUAUUUUUUUCUUACAAAUGUUCGAUCCUUGCACCUUCAGUUAUACGGCACACAUCCUAACCUGAAGUCCAAUUCUUCCCACACUUUGGCUAACACGGCCUCUUCAAUUCUGUCUCUCAACUCUGGCAAAAUCAUUACGUAGACCCGAUCUAAUUAUAACGCCCCCAAAAGGGAAAAAAAAAAAUCGCAUGGCGUUAUGUCAGAAGAAUGUGGUCUCGACCAUUGCGACCAAUCAAACGGCCAGGGACUUCGACGUUCAACCACUCUCGUACAAAGGGAUUCCAAUCGGGAGGGGCUCCAACCUGUUGCCAAAUGAAGUUUACAUGUUCGCCAUCUACUAAAAGGGGGAAAGAGCCAUUCUUUCGCACUACACGCGAGAAAACAACAAAACAGUACUCGCGCAUGGGCUUAUCUAAAACUGUUUGAGUUACUCUUUAAUUGUGACCUUAGAACCAACACUCUACAACGCUUACAGUCUAUAUUAUUACAAUUUAUAACUUGGACAUUCUUUUAUGGACAUACUGUACAUUGCUGUACCUUUUUAACACUAUACCUCUUUUGCGUUUUUGUUCUGGCACUAAUAUUUUUUUGAACCCAGUGCAAUAUAACGUGUGUAUAAAGACGCCGAAUUUUUCUUAAUGUUGUAAAUAUACGUUGUAAAUAUUUGUGAAAAAAAAAAACAUCAAAUGCAAGCUAGGUAUCGUGUUGGAGUUUUAUUUGUGUUGGUGAUGCGGAAUAAGUGCGACGCUUGCUGGUGCUUCUAGCGCGGUAUCGCCUCUAAGGGCAAGGCUCUGAACUGGCGCGCAGUUAUUCUCGUCGCGCACAGGACAACUAGGAAAUUGAGUGGGUAACCAUAACAUUACAUGGCGGAGAAAUGAAGAUAAUGGUGUAGUGCAAGUCCGUUGAAUGCUUUCAAGAAUCUCAACCAAGUGUUUUAUGUCUAAAAAUCAUUCUGAUAACUCGUGUUUUACUGUUUUUCACUCUUUUAAAAAAUACAGUUUAAAAAACGAAAUACGGAAACGGAAAUACCCAACUGCCCACAGAUUUCGCGUGAUUAUUUUUUCUCUCUGAAACUUUGUUCUCGAUAUGUGUGUGUCCGGGUAGGUGGGGCCUUUAACUAAUUGUAAUGAAGAGAGGAAAAAUAAAAUACAGAAAUCAAGAUGGCGUUGUAAGACCGAGCCUUAAAUCUCCGAAGAACGCUGCUUAAAAUUUAUCCUGUGAUCUCCGUAAUUACAAGUAAGUUACAAAGAUCACUUAACUAUGAAAAUGACCCUUCGAAAACUGCUUUCACGUUUCUUCCUUCCUCGUACAAAUUUUACCAUGUGUCACAACAGGACACAGAAACUAGGAGAUCAGAAUCCGUCAUACUAUUUUUUUUUACGAAGAAUCAGUUAUAUGGAACUACGAAGAAGAUUUGGUUUAUUCGGUGGUGCAUUCUUCCUCGGAAUAUUCCGUGAACUGUCUGUAAUUCUCGACAGUCGUAAAACGUCUUCGUCCCAUCGCGAUAAGUUAAUUCAAAAUGUUUUCACAAUUUUCCUUGGUGUGAAGAAAAUUGUGGUAGGUACGUUAGUAAAUUCGACCGUUGUCGUAUUCUUAAAAUUCACUCUGUGUACGAAUUUUCUUUUUAAGAACCUGGCAUGUUGGAUUCCUGGACAAUGAGGAACAGACUGUCUCUUGUUGACUUGUCUCAGAAUUCGAUAGUUCUCAGAAGUAUUACCAAUAGUCUUCGUAUUAUUCCGCCUUUGUUGUUCUGUCAACAAUUUUCUGUGUACAACAACAUGUGGUUGUCAGUGUUUCUAGACAGAAAUCACAUUAAAAUAUACGUUUAUUUUGUGAUAGAUAAAUUUAAAAUCCGUGCCUUAUAGGGAGUGAUAUAUACUUAUCAUCUCAUUAUUAAAUACUACACGUGAUAGUUUUUUUAAAACUUGUAUGAAAAAUAAAAAUAUAUUCCGCUGGCUAUUGUUUUACAUAGUGAGCAUCUGAAAGAUAUAUAAAAAAAUAUUUGUUUGUAAUUUGAUAAUAUAGACAGUAAAAUGUAUCAUUCAAUGAAUAUUUUUAGAUUGAGAUUCAAUGUUUUUGUCUAUACUUCUCGCAGAGAAAUUGUCAUUUGAUGUUAUUCCGGUGUCAACAUUAUUAAAAUAUAUUGUGUCGACCAAUUGUUUGGCUGUAAGAAACAUAACUCUUGUUUAUAAUAGGGUCAAAUCUUGUUUGUACAAUGAAAAUAAACCAAUUUCACUGAGUACCAUAUCCAAGUACAUAAAAUGAAAUAUAUAUUUUUUUUUAAUUGUUUGGAUUAAAUGGUAGAUGUUUUUUUUUCUCUCUGUCAACUUAAAUUUUCCCAAGCGAGGCUACAGUUAAACUAAAUAAUCAGUGGCGCAGAAAAAAAAUUCUGUAGGGGGCUGCCAGAAAUAAUAUGCACAACAUUUUAAUAUUUCACUCGUAUAAGCGUUGACUCGUAUGCGAAGGAUUUGUAGUGGACUUUUCGUACUCAUCUUUCGAGUAGCGGAAGACGUGAUUGGACCAUUACCGUGUGUGCAGUGGAAAAGUAGGCGAACAGUACUUUUGAUUUUUGCCCCCACAGAUAAAUUUAUGUUAACACAAUUUCGGUAGCCAGUAUAUAUGUUAGUAAAAUAAUAAAAGUACAGAAAAUCAUAUUUGUGGUAAUCGGGAUAUUACCUCCUCUUCUUUAUAAUCUGUGACCAUUAUCUUGACAUUGUAUAAAAUAUAUUUACAAUUUUUUUAAUUCCCUUGAAAGCCUAUAUUUUUCCACGAAGAAUUAUAUUUUACAACAGAUAUAAUAUCUGUACUUUUUUUUAACCCAAUGUGAAUUAAAACUAAUUAUUUUUCAACCCAUAUAACAAACAGUUCAUUCCUUUUUGUGAGUAAUUCCAAACACAACAUAUAUUUGACACAGAGAUGUAUAAAUUACAUUGUAUUCUUUGAAUGAUUAAUGCAACGCGGAAUUUUGAUAAUAAUACAAUUUUGUGAACAUACGCCAUUGCAGUUUUCCACUGUUUAUAACGGAAAAAAUUCAAAAAUGUAAAAUAUGAAAUAAAAAAUAAAAAUAUGAAUUCUCUGUAACGUUUCUCCAUGACAAACAGUGAAUAACUGUGAUGGCGUAUGUCAAAAAAAUUGCAUUAAAUUAACAUUUUUCUGUCGCAAAAAGUGAAGAAUUUUAGUUGAAUUCGAGAACAACUGAAAAUGAAACUAAACUACUGUCAAGCUUUAAACAGGACUUUCAGUAAAAAAAAAAGUUAAAUCUUGAAUAAUAAAAUAAUAGUCCUGACAUUAAUAAUAAAGAUAUAUAUUCAAUGUUAACUUUAACAUGUCUCACUAGUUACAGCAGCAUUAUAGAGUAUGCCAAAUUAUACAUAUAUUUAAAAUAUGUGUAUUUCUAAAAUGAGGUUUAUCUGUUCAAAAAAUUAUUUUUUUCGCAAAUGAAGGCCAAAUUGACAGGAACAUAUCAAUUCUGUUCUAGGUUUAUGUAUUUACACCGAGAGGUUUAUUAUCGUACGAGUUCUUUGUUGUAGUUAUGUCUUUUGUGAUAUGCAAGAGUCGUAAGUUGUUCAUUGUGAUUACUAUCGUUACUGUCUCUAUUUCUCCUGACAUACUCUCAAAUUCUCACGUUGAUUAAUACUAACUCUUGUGUUAAAAAUGAAAGUGCUAACUGCCAAAAAGAUGUUUGAAUUUCUUUUGCGGAACAUUUUCUUGUCUGUAUUUUGACUGUUAUUAAGGUUUGUUGUUUCGUUAUGCAAGAUGAUGUAUUUUUUACCGUCUUAAGAGUGGUGAAAUAUGUCACAAAUUUCUUACCAACUAAUUUGUAUCUGUCAAACUACAUAUUUAGGUAAAAAUUAAAAAAGAGUGAGAGAGUUAGAUAAUUAAAGCAUUGCACAGUGCACUGUAGAAAUAUUGUUUGCAAUUUUUUUUGUAAAAGUUUUUUGUGUGUAAUGAUGAUAUAUAUUAAAACGUUGUGAAUGUGAAACCAUCUCCUCUUCACUUCUCCUUAAGGUGGGAUUCCUUUGACACGUCAGCGACUAGCGACUGUACCGUGACCGUGAGUAUUGGUCACAAGAAUUUUUUUCAUGUUUAAUUUUCUGCAUUUAAAAAAAACACUUAACGACACGAGAAAAAACACUUAGCCUUACCUGAUCGCAUGCAGAUGUUUUACAUAAUGUGACCAUCACAAGUCAUAGAUAGGUUACUGCUGUGUGCGGUAUGGAAUUUUCCAAGCACAAAGUAUGAGGCGGAUUAGUGUGAAACACGGAUUAGUGUGAUUAGUGUGAGUCCAACUUUACACGGAGCCAUGUCGACUUCAUACAUGAAAAUAUUAACUCUGUAAUGAAGCUUUAUAUCAUUGCAUUAUUUAAUUUGUGCGCAUGUUUAGACUACAUAAAUUUAUUUUCUUUGUUUCAUGCUUACAAAUAAUUUUAUACUUUGUAUAAAUUUUUGAUAUAAUUUUUGUGGGCAUAUGCGUAAAGUUAAAUCAUGUCUUUGCUUUUUAAUUAUUAUCAAAAAAAAACACAUUAAAAAAAUAAUAAUUUGAUUAAUAUUCGUUACUCUGCAUUGAAAGUAGCUAAUUUAAUUAUAAAUAUGUAAACAAUUACAUUUUUACAAUUAAGGACCAGAAAAAUUCGUGGUAGUACCUAUUUGGAGACUACUUAUAAUGUAUGCUACUAUGCAUUUGAAAUACCUUUAUCAUUGGAUCUUGGAUAUUUUGACAUACUGUAGAGGACAAGCGACCAAUAUGUAAAAAAAAAUCACAAUUGGUACGAACCAAGGUGAAAUGUGGAGACAAGAGAAUGAACAAUAUUACAGCUCUGUAAAUUCUAGCGUGCUAACCCAAAAUUACGCGAAUUUCUAAAAACUCUGAUUGUAAUUUAUUUGGUUGAAAUCACUUUGUAAGUCGGUGGCGACCGACAAAAUUCGUCUCGUUAAUUGGCAGAGAACGAACACCAAGUAUAUUUUGAUGGGCUGUAUAGUUUGUCUCGCGCUUAGAAGCAAAUUGCACACACCUUUGCCAAAUUACGACCCGGAUUACUAACAUUAAAGUUCUUAAUUUGUACACUAUCGAUAAUUUCAAUGAGUUGUAUAAUUUUUUAUUAUACUUUUUGAUGAUUUUUCUAAGACCAUAAAAUAGUGUCUGUCAUUACAGUUGUAUAUAUUUUGAAAAAAAUAUGAUUCUAAACGCCUAUUAUUAUUUCACAAGGAGACACUGUUAUUUGUAGCAAUCGGAAAGAGAAAGUAAACGCCCAUUAUAAUGCACAUUGCAAUCUACUAGGGACGCGCUAUAGCACUACCAUCGGCCAAUCUAUUUCCUUUUUUUUUGUUCUGCUUUUCCUGAAAGCUUUUUACGCCAGUGACACGUAAGAUUUUUUACGCCGAACAGAUCAAUUUCACGUGACGCCACCUUUAAAUUACGUUAGGGUGUUCCAGAAAAGGAAAAAAAAAAACACUUAAUUUGUUAGUAUCUCUAUUAGUAUUUUAACGUGUGCAUUAUU